GCAGGAGGUUGGCGCGCGGGCGCGCACGCAGCAGCGUGCUGGGCGGAGUGGGAGGGUCUACGCAGGCGCGCGGGGCAAGGCGAGUGGCAGCUGCUGGGUUUCUUGGAGAACUGAGUGCACCUUGCAGAUUAGUAUGUCCCCUGAAGUUGCUUUGCACAGAAUAUCUCCGGCACUUUCUCCUUUUGUUUCUAAUGUGGUCAGGAAUGGAAAAGUAGGAUUGGAUGCAACUAACUGUUUAAGGAUUACAGAUCUGAAAUCUGGCUGCAUGUCCUUGACUCUUGGGCCCAGCUGUGAUCGCUUUAAGUUGCACAUUCCAUAUGCUGGAGAAACACUAAAAUGGGAUAUAAUUUUUAAUGCCUACUAUCCAGAACUGCCACCUGACUUCAUCUUUGGAGAGGAUGCUGAGUUCCUUCCUGAUCCCUCAGCUUUACAUAACUUGGCCUCAUGGAAUCCCUCAAACCCAGAAUGUCUGUUGCUUGUUGUAAAAGAACUUGUUCAACAAUAUCACCAGUUCCAGUGCAGCAGACUACGUGAGAGCUCUCGCCUCAUGUUUGAAUAUCAAACAUUACUUGAAGAACCUCAGUAUGGAGAAAACAUGGAAAUUUAUGCUGGCAAAAAGAACAACUGGACUGGUGAAUUGUCAGCUCGUUUCCUUCUGAAAUUGCCGGUGGACUUCAGCAACAUCCCCACUUACCUUCUCAAGGAUGCAAAUGAAGACCCCGGGGAAGAUGUUGCUCUUCUUUCCGUCAGCUUUGAGGAUACAGAAGCUACUCAAGUUUUCCCCAAACUGUAUCUGUCUCCACGAAUCGAACAUGCUCUUGGAGGAUCUUCUGCCCUUCACAUCCCUGCUUUUCCAGGUGGAGGCUGCCUCAUUGAUUACGUACCCCAAGUAUGUCAACUCCUAACCAACAAGGUACAAUAUGUUAUUCAGGGUUACCAUAAGAGAAGAGAGUAUAUUGCGGCAUUUCUUAGUCACUUUGGAACUGGCGUGGUAGAAUACGAUGCUGAGGGUUUCACAAAACUCACCUUGUUACUGAUGUGGAAAGAUUUUUGCUUCCUGGUUCACAUUGACCUCCCACUCUAUUUUCCACGGGACCAGCCAACGUUAACGUUUCAGUCUGUCUAUCACUUCACUAACAGUGGGGAGCUCUAUUCACAGGCCCAGAAAAACUACCCCUACAGUCCACGUUGGGAUGGCAAUGAGAUGGCCAAACGGGCAAAGGCUCAUUUCAGAACAUUUGUCCCUCAGUUCCAGGAGGCAGCAUUUGCCAAUGGAAAACUCUAAGAUCAUAAAAGGGGGAGACAACCUCAUCCUGCAAGGAUGCCAAACAGAGUCUUAUGUCAUUGCCUGUCAACAAAUUGCAAGAUGGCUUCCCGCAAGUAGUUUGGACUUCAGUCUCUUGGUGUGUUUUGCCUCUGGGGUGCUGUUGUGAUCACCACAGAUUGAAUUUACUCUUCUCUACAUAUAUAUAAUGAGGACCUUGGCUGACUAAACAUUUUUUUGCUAUAUUUUGCUCAUUUUUCCUACAUGCAAUCACAUUUCUUAUUUUAUCUGUGUGACCGAAAUUAAAAAGAAUUUGCAUAGAUAUGUGCCCCCCCCAGUGAUGCCUUAUUUAUGUUUUUUUUUUCCUAUGCCAGUGUUUCAGGCUUUCCUGUGAACUUUUCUGUGAUGAAUUUCAACUUUUUGACAUAUUAGAAGUAAACAGAAAAUAGCUGAGCAAUAAGUCUUGUUGUUAGAUGAAGCACUGCCAUAUUAUGCCUUUGUAAUUAUUUGUAUUCGAGAUUUAUCUCCAAUUAAGUCUGAAAGAACAAAACAAAGAGAAACAUUUUAAUUGCUACAGAAGGGAGUAUGAUGGCAUAUAACUCUUAGUGCUUCUAACUGGAAGUCCCCCAUGUUGUAGAAUUCUGCUUUGUACUCUUGUUAUCAGUACCAAAUCUGAGAUGAGCUAUCUUGUCACUAUUACCAACAAAUGUCUACCAUUUGAAUACCAGUAGUGUCUAAAAAUUAAAUGUGUAAGUUAUGAUGAAUUCACAUUUCACGGCACAGCUCUGAUGAGAAACGCAAAUGCCACUGUUGAAACAGGCUUUAACGUCAACAGUGUCAUUAGUACCUUUAAUAAUUUAUAAUGCAUAGUCUUUCAACCUAAAAUGUAUGGUUUAGUUCACAUCUAGAUGACUUUAUGAGAAAACAUAGUUGGAUGCAUCAUUCUUUCUUAUACAGGAAUUGUACAUUCAGUGUCUGAGCCAUUUGUUGUUCCUUUCCUGUGAUGCAUUCCGGGAGGCCGCUUGUCUGACUAGCCGUGGACUAACUUCCCAUAUUUUGUAAAUAGCUCAGGGUGCUUUCCAACAGGGAAUCAAACGUUCGUAAAUAGUAUGUGGAAAACAUACUUUAGUUCCAUUGUGAUUCACAGAACAAAACUGAAUAAUUUCUGCUGUUGUAUCCAGAACACCUCAAGUUGCCUAGUAUGACACUAUACCUUGAAAUGUAACUAACAUUAUAGGGUUGUAUCUAAGUCAUACUUUGAAUGGCUGCUUAGUGGGAUAGAACCCAUAAAACAUCAUUCUUAGAAUGUUAGUGGACAGUACUCUUUAUUAUUACAACCCAAUUACUUUGUCCCAGGUCAGCAGGCCUCUUUCUGCAGGCAUUGUGUGCACAAGGGAAUCUUGCUGCUUGAUCCACCAGGCUUUGUCCCUACUGCCCAUUAGUAGAGAUAGAGCCUGCUUCCCCUUGCCAUUGCUCUACCAGGAUUUGUACUUUAAGGCUCCCAAUUGUGCAUUAGUGCUGUCUAACAGAAGAUAUUGUUAGCUGACGAAAACAAAAAUAUGCCAUUUUUCCAUUGUAAACCGUGCCCAAAGCAGAUUGAAAUAAAAAAAAUUAAAAUGCGGAACGGAACAUUAAAAAAAAAAAGCACCAGCAAAUUCAAACAAGACAACGUCAACAAUUCCAAAAUCAUAGGAUAAAUGAUUACAAUGAAGCAAUCUAGACUUAAUGUGGGACAAAUUCAGAACAAAAUUAACAGACAGGUAAAAUAAAUGCUAACCCACAUAACUAUGCAUUCCAAGGGGCUGGCUAAAAUACAAUUUGGAGCGGGCAAGGUCUUCUUACCAGACUAGGUCUGCUUUCCCCAUCCUGGUGCCCUCCAAGUGUUCUGGCUUACCAUUCCCAUCACCCCUAACAGCUGGUUGUGUUACCUGGGACUGAUGGGAAUUGUAGUCCCAAGUAUCUGAAGGACUUCCACGGUCCAGAGCAGCCUUGUUUAAAUACAGCUCAGAGGGCAGAGGUCUUCUCGCCCAGGCUAGGUGGCUUACAGGGCCUUCUACCUCCACACCAGCAAGUUGGGCUCAAAUCUUUUGAGGCAUGUGCACACAAGGCCAAUUUUCCUACAUCGUACACGAAUCCUGCAUGUAGUCAACAUUCUAUUGAAGUUGCUUCUAGGUAGGAUUGGUCAGUGUUGGCCAAUAACGGUCAAUUACAUGGUCAAAUAUUCAAAUAUAUAGGGGUGGGUUUUUUUAAAAAAAAAGUUAGAAAAAGACAAUGCUGAACAUAAAAAAUUGUCAUCUAGAACUCAAAAGUCCAUUUCUUCCCAGAAGCUUUCCAGGGUACCAUAUAAGAUCACAAAGAGACCCUUGCUUCCCAUAGCAAGUGCAGUGGACUAGUUCCAUGUAGGAAAUGUGUUUUGUGAUUUGCUCCAGUGCAACUUUAGUCCCAUCGUGGCCUAUGCUUAGAACUUACCAAAGUGAGCAAGGUUACAUCUUCCUUCUGGUUCAGUUCCAUCAGUGAUGGAUCAGUGUCUAAAAACAAGUUGGCAUUAUUGUUGUUGUUUAGUCCGACUUCGUGACCCCAUGGACCAGAGCAUGCCAGGCACUCCUGUCUUCCACUGCUUCCCGCAUUUUGGUCAAACUCAUGUUCGUAGCUUCGAGAACACUGUCCAACCAUCUCGUCCUCUGCCAUCCCCUUCUCCUUGUGCCCUCAAUCUUUCCCAACAUCAGGGUCUUUUCCAGGGAGUUGGCACGGCCAAGCAUUAAUGAGCAUUUAAGAAACCACAAAUUGGCAGGUUCUCAGUUCUAUGCAUGCAUAGAAUCGGAUGAAUAAUAAGUGUGAGAAGCUAAUCACCUCCAUCUGCUUCUUUGCAAAAUAAACUGUCUCACUUGUAAACUGCAGGUGCCAGCAAGCAUGCUUCUACAUUUAUUCUUUUCUCCUUUUAGUGACACCAUUCAGCCACUCGUUUAUUACUGCGAAGAUAGACAACCUUCUCCCAAACUAUUGCAUCAUCACUUUUUCAUAGCUGGUUUACGGUGGGGUUUUUUUAAUAAAAAAAAACACCCCUAAAGUACUUCUAUUCCAGAUGCAGCUACUCACUUAUUACCUUCGCUUCUGUUUUCCGAUGAACCUGACAACAGUGUGUGUGAAAGGGAAAUCUUGUCGGUUCACUUCUGCCAUGUAAUUUCUUUUCAUUAAAUUAGUACUGUGGGCUCCACUAUUGAUGCACACAUGUCUUUACUUUUUCUGACUAGGCUGCCCUCCUCUUUCCCAAAGCCUGGUGAAAGGGAAGUUUUGGCUUAUGGCUAUAAAAACCAGAAGCCUAUUGUUAGCAUGUGGGAACUUGAUCAUACACAGCCUCUGCUGAUCAAGUUUAUCACUAGUAAUAGGUCAUGGGGGGGAAAUGCUUUUAUUGUUAUUAACCGGAAGAGCUAUAAGAUGCUUUGACAUGUGUGCCAAUAUUCCUCUUAUACUUUAUAUUUACAUGGAUGCAUAAAAAAGAAAAAGACUUGCAGGAAAAUAAAUUGGACUGGUUUCAAAUCACCCUUGAGCCAUGAAGCUAUUGCGGUCCCCUUCAGAAGUCACUAUCUCUAAGCCUAACCUCCUUCAAAGGCUUGUGAAACUAGAAAUUGAGGUGACUCGGCUAUUCUGAGCAGUCAGAAGGAUGCAAAUAUAGGAGAUACAUAUUGCUAAAUGUACAUUAUGAGCCCAAACAUAUGUGGUGUGGUGGUGGCAGAGCACUGUACAGGAUUGGAUCUGCUGCAGAGACCAAAAGAUUGGCAGGAAGUUUCUAUGCCAUGCCCCCUCCCUCUCUUGGUUCAAUUUUUGAAUACCUUCUUGCUGGAUUUGUAACCCGAUUUCACAAGUUUGAGAAUGAUCUACAUGCUUGAUUUAUCUCUUGUCAUUAAAAUCGUAUAUUUCCAUGCAGG